CCUCGCUCUCGUACCGUUUCGCGAACGAACGACGAUAGAGGGGAAAAGAAGAGUAAGAGAAGAAGAGCAGGAGGAAUAAUCACGCUGCUUCACGGCCAUCCCUCGAUGCGUCUCGCGUCGUCGCGCGCGGGAGUACUCCGUUUCACGCGUGCCGCCAAAGAGCACUCGCCGUGAUCUGCCGAAAACAAUGUCUAACCCCGAGGAGGCGGACACCUGCGUGCCAGACACGCAGGAGACCUACUAUGAAGGUGCCAGCGAGAGCUUCAAAAUUAUCGGCGAGACGCAUAGCGCGAGCUUGAACGAGAGUCAAGACUUUCGUCUCGUCGACUCCGAGGGAGACGAGAGUAUGGUAGAAAGGACGAAGCAGAUGCAGGACGCACAGGCCGAUGACCAGAAAUCGAGCGAGCGGACGGAUCCGCAAGAAAUCUCGCAGGCGUUGCGUACAGAGGACGAUAACGCGAUAACUGCAACUGUCGUGGAUGAAAAGGCAAGCGAAAGCGAGGCGAUUGAAAAGACCGGAGGUAACGUAUCCGGCGAGUUGCGCGAGUCGGAGAAGAAAGAUGAGCUCUCCGACGAGGACGAGAUCAUCCAAGGUACGCCUCCCCAGAGUUACUCGCCAUCCAGAAAACUGAGUGGCGUCGACGUCACGAGCCUUAAGCGUAAAGCCGAGUCUGUGGACGAGCCACCCGCUAAGGUUCCAAAAAUAACGUCCGCGGAUGACGCGAAAGAUAACGAGAAACGGCUCGAGGUGGAGGAGGAAGAGAGUCGUCAGUCUUGCGAAUCUGACGAUUCGUAUCAGGAUCUGUUCAAGAAUAUCGACAAGAAUGUUAUAAUAGAGGAGACUCAAGAACCAGCCACUCUAGAGUUUAAUCAGAACACCCUGAAGAUUCCCGCCGAGCGCCCCGCGGGAGAGACGACAAUUGACGACAAGCCUCGGGAGUGUCGUACCGAGCAGAUGAGCCAGUCGCAGGACGGGACCUCCGAGAAGAACGACAUGGAGAAAGACGAGAAUCUGAAUGUCUCCGCGAAGUCGACCGACAUCAGCGGCAACGACAGCACCCUCGCCAAUAUAAACUCCACGAGCGAAAACGAGUCCCAGCUGGAGGUCAAUCUGUCGGUCGGACAAGAGGACGUUACUUCCACGAGCGUUGUAAUAGCCGACGAGAAGUCGGGGAUUGGAACGUUCGACAAGACGCAGCCCGCGAAGGGCGCAGAGACGGCGUCCGGAAAUGAAAACAGUCAAGCGGAGCAGUCGAGUUGCGUCAAACCGGCCGAGAGGGCCGUCAACAGCAACGACGAGGAGAUCCCGUCCUCGCAGAGGACCAAGUCGCGCAUCAGCGUGGAGUUGAUAUUCGAGGGCGCGAAUCGCACCGUCGGCGACGGUGACGGCAGAUCGAAGCCGCAGGUGGUGCAGAUCGACGACGACGGCGAGAUGAUAUUGGACUCGUCGGCCGAGAUGACGUACGAUAAUCGGCAGAGCGCGAAGAAAACGAGGCCCGAGGUUGUCCAGAUCGACGAUUCGCACGAGGACGGCGAGAACUUGGAGAGGAGCGCCGAGAUCGAGGUGAUCGCGAGCAGUAACAAGAGCAGUUACGAGAGCAAGAUCUCGCCGCAGGAGAGCACCGAUUUCAGUUACAAGGAGAGCAUGAAGGAGUCGUCCCUGGAAUCGAAGUCGAUGGACAAGAGGCUGGUGAAUGGCAGCAGCGAGUCCAAGAAGAGCGACACCGAUGUGACCCUGAGCCUCGACUCGGACACAUUUUCCGACGAGCCUCUUCUGUCCGCUGCCGCGCAUGAUACGAAGAAAAUAGAUGGCGUCAGGAGCAACCGCUUCAUGCUGAAGGACGUGGACAACCUCGAACUCAUCAGCAUAAGCGACAACGAAACGUCCAACGUGGACGAGAAGAAUAAAUCCGAUCUGAAUAGCAGCACACUGGCUAAGACCGUGCAGGUGAAGCGGGAAAUCGGUGUAUAUGUAAGGAUCAAGUGUCUGAUGCACGUGGACGAGAGCGCGAAAGAGCCCGUGAGAAAGGAGGUGAUUGAAGUGCAGUGCGAGCCGGUAAUCGAGCCUAUGGCGGGCAAGCAAAAGAACGAGGACAGUCAGUCCUCGUUGGCGGACAUCUCCGACAAUAAGGACUCGUCGCCCGGUUCCGUAAGCAGCAAUCCUCAGUACCAGCUGCAGUCCCGAAUGUCCCUAAUGUCGUCGGUCAGCUCGAGCAGCUCGGCGUCCAGCGCGGCUUCUUUGGCGACAAAGCUCGGAAGAAAGUAUAUCUUUCAGAUGCCGGUGGGUCCGGUGAAGCACGCGAAGAAAUCCUCCCAGGACAUUCUGUCGACGGACAAGCAGACGUUGGACGAGACCUACGAACGUCUGACGCGCGAGUGGAAGAACCACCGCUUGCUCACGACGACGAUCCUGAAUUACAUGAAUACGGAAGUGGCCGGCACCUCCACCGCCACCACGGCCGUCGCGAUGGCCGAUACCUUGAACGUGAGCAACGAGCGGCUGGAUCAUCAUCAUUUGGAAGAGAAUAUGCGCUCGUCGACGCCGGCGGACCUCACGACGAAUUUGAAGCUGGAACUCACGCCGAAAAGCACGAAGAAGGGCAAAGCUGCGAAGAGACCGAGAAGCAAAUUGGCGAGGUCGAACGCCGCGCAGAUCAACGGCAAGGAGACCGACGCCGGCAAUAUUCUGAACGAGCCGGCCGUGCACACGGAGUCGGACGCGCCAUCGAGUAGGAAGAAGAUCAAGAUAGAAAGUUCAGAGGAUCGGCUGCUGAUGAGCGACUUGGACGCCUCGGCGAAUUCGUCGCCGCAAGGCUCGCCGGCCGACGAGCUGAUCGGCAAGGAGGUGUUCGCCAAAUGGUCGGACAACAAAUACUAUCCCGGCACGGUGUGCGGUCGGCUGAAGACCAAGUACAAGGUGAUCUUCUACGACGGCAAGAGCAAGACACUUAUACCCGAGUUUGUGAUACCGAUACCAAAGCCUCUGUCGAAGGGAAUGUCCGUGUACGCGACCAACGAUCGCGGAUUCUCCCCUGCCAUUAUCAUCGACGUUCAACCACCUGGCGAACAAUCUGGUGACAACACGGACUACAGGCACACGUACUACACGGUGGAGAUGGACGAUGAUGAACGAUUACGUGUGCAAGUGCAAGACAUCUCUCUGUCUGCCGAUCAGGCGAAGAUGCUCAAGGAGGAGAUGAACAACCCCGUGGAUGGUACGAGCUUGCCGCCGAGCACACCGAAGGCGCUCGGCCAGGUGACCCUGGACAACAUGGUCGACGGCAAGCGACGCUCCAAGAGAGUCGGCACGCCGCUCUUUUCGACUCCCAAGUCCAGGAGCAGCGGGUCGAGCACCUCGACCAGUAAAUCCAGUAGAUCGACCAGCAAAUCGGAGCCCUCGGUGUCCGGCAUGUCCACCAAGUUGAAGAAGGAGAAGGCUUCGUCCUCGGAGAACGAGAGUUUGUCGAGCGACCCGGGAUGUCAGGACGAGUAUCUUCUGUUGGGCAUGCAGAGAGAAAUAGACAGCAUGCCGUACGAGCAGAUAAAGGGACCGCCGAGUAGGAUUAAGAGCAAGUCACGCAGCAAGAGGAUAGAGGAUCCGCAAACGAUCAAGGAUCUUGGUCCGAUCCCAAACUCCAAUAUCUUUAAGGGCAUGUCGUUCCUUUUAUCCUGCGCACCGCUGGAAACAAUAGACAGGUACCUGGACACGAAGAUACCUGCUGCGUCGGAAGGUGAGGUUUCGGCCACCGAAACCGAGGAUCCCGGGACUGAUUACGAUGACGAUUGGAAGAAAUCACCUCCUUUCGUGCGCGACAGACUGCGCACGCAGAUCGAAGCGGGCGGCGGGAAGGUGUACGAGGAGUUCGACCAGAUACCGAAGGAUGAGUACGAAAAUACGAUGCUCGUCACGAACGUGCCGAACACUACGUCUAAGAGCAUAUUAUGUCUGUCGGCCGGCAUCCCCGUGUGCCAUCACAAGUGGAUCAUCAGAUCCUGCGCAGAGGAAAAGACCGUGAACCCAGCGGAAGAGAUUCUUCCAAACUGGAGUUUACACAAAAAAUGCUACAUAGAUAUGGUCAAGACAGGCGGAAAGAAGCCGUUGACUGAAGUCGUCGUGAUAAUAAUUCCUAGUCCGACAUUCAAAGGACUACUUGUUAAAUUCUGGCAGCAAGUCUGCGAAAACGCUGGCGCGGCAGUUUUAAUCGCAGAGAACCAAGGGGCCAUGGACAAGAUAGAUUUUGACUUGAAAAAUGUAGUCGUCGUGUCUAAUCAGAUGUGUCCGUCAUGGGCAGUGCACAGGGCGAGGCAACUGCAAAUGGACGUGCUAUCCACUACGUGGGUGAUUCAGUGUAUAAUCGAGGGCAAGCGCUGUCCGCCUAAGCAGCAUUCGUGUUACGCGUACAAUUAUAAAAACGGGGCUUAAUUAGAAAGCCGUUGUUUUUUCGUGAGUACGUCGCCUAUAAUCAAUGUGGCUACCAGUCAAUAUAUUUUUUUCCGAGUUUUUCUUUCCAUUUUUAUCGGUCUUCCACGUCGUCUUGCGAUAAAACGUAAGAGCCGAAAGAAUACAAUCGUGAGCCUGGAAAUUUUUUUUAUAAUUUACUAUUUCUGAUACACUAGCAGCAUAUUAUUUUAGUUCCGUCGUAUGUACAGUCAUAUAUAUAUACACCUUCUCCAGACAGAUUUCCGAACUGUUCUUCCCAUUUUACGUUCGACAUAAUGAAGGGGCACGUUCAGCAGACAGAUGAGAUCAGUGAGAGUUCAGUGAUUCUUUGUUACAGUUGAUUUAUUUUCACUCUAAAUCCGAAAAACUCUAAAGCGAAAAACUAAAGGCAAAAUCAGUCAUAUUAUUAAAGAAUCACUGAGCGCUCACUGAUCUGAACUUUGACCGCUGAACGCGCACGUUGACGAUUGGGAUAAUUCAUGCACUCUUUGAUAUGGCGAUUCAUCCUCGCGCGAGGACACGUGCGUGGCGGUUUACACUUUUGUAAGAUUUUUGUAUA